AUGACGGUGUUGUUGCUUCGGAUUGAGAACAAUUUCCGUCAACAAGCUCGGGGGAGGCAGAGAGCAGCUCCUCCUCAUCCUCGGAGUUUGAGGAGGGCACAGCAUCGCCCCUACCCAAUAAGCGUUCUCGUGCAACGACACUUAGAUGUAGUGGAUUUCCUGCAGGUGAACGACUGGUUAGUAAAGAUCGAUCUUCACCAGGCUUAUUUCCAUCUGAGUGUCGCGGAGACUCACAGAAGGUUUUUACGGGUUGUUUACAAUGAAGAGAUCCUCCAAUUAACAGCCCUACCGUUUGGCCUGUCUUCUGCACCCCGGACUUUUGCGGCAGUUUUGAACUGGGUGGCCGAAAUGCUUCGGCAGCGAGGCAUACGCCUUUUAGUAUAUCUGGACGACUACCUCCUGGCUUGUCAGGACAGAUCCAAGCUAAUGACACAGGAUGCGGAAACACUGGUCUUCUUGGAAUACUUAGGCGGUCCCUCGAGGACGGCUUCACUGUCGCAGAGCACAGCUCUUCCUGAGAAGAUUUACUCGGAGAGGACAGAGGAGACAAUUAUGCCCCAGAAUGCGAAAGGACCUGCGGUGGUGGUUGGAUGCAGUGGAGGGCAGUCCAACCCCACUACACAAAAGGGAGUGGUCAGACCGGCAUCUAAAACAAUGAUUGCAGGCUGGGUACGUUCAAUAUUUAAACUUGCCAAGAUUGAUGCCUCGCCAGGAAGUAUAAGAUCAGCUGUAGCUUCUAGGGAUGGC